AUGGAAAGUGGAAGCAGUAUUCCGGUCGUAAAUUCCAGAAAUUUUCCGAUUGAUUCUGGUCAACUUCCAGUGCUUUCCCGCAGGAAUCAACAGGAAAUCAUCGAGAAAAACUGCGAAAAUUUUCCUCCAGAAUACGGUGACUUUUCCGGAUCUUUCCGGCCGGUUUCUACCGUAUCCGGUGACUGGAACAAUCGGCAUGGGUAUAAGAUCAUCGAAUGUGGUUAUUUAUUUCAAUCGUCGUCAUCUAAACAAUGGAUUGAAAAUAUACGUACGACGAAAGAACAUUUUAAUAUUUUACUGGCACAAUCAAAGAUGAAAUUAUUGGAAGUAAUUAAUGAUGAAACAAAUGAUGAAAAUGAUUUAAAACAAAUUAGUGAAUCAACAUCUCCAUGUUUACUCCUUCGAAGGCCGUAUAUUAGUAUUCGCGGAAAAAAACAACAACAGCCAGAUAUUAUUUGA